GAGUUUGGGCUCGGGGCGCUUCCGGUGGCUCCUUCUCUCUCCGAAGCCUCCAGUGGCGGAGAUUCAGCAGCUCGGGAGAAAGGAAUAAUAAUAAGAAGGAUAAUGAUGAUGAUGAUGAUCAUGAUACCGAUACCGAAGUUAUCUUCCCGAACCGAGCCGAGAGCGCGUGGCCGGGAGGAAAGGAGCGCGUAACCGCGGCGCGCGGAGCCGUGCCUGUGUGUGCGCGCCCCCGCCCCGCUUCCCUCUCUGAUUAAGGCUUUAUUCCAGCAGCAGCAGCAGUGUUAAUGACCCUCUCACUGCUCUGGACUUGUCUAGUGUGUGUGUGUAGAGUGAGUGAGUGAGUGUGAGUGAGUGUGUGUGUGUGUAGAGUGAAUGUGUGUAGAGUGUGUGAGAGAGUGAGUGUGUGGAUUUAAUCUGGGAGUGAAUAUGAGUGAGGAGACGAGCAAUGUUCCGAGAGAGCUGCUGGAGAGCGUUCGGGAUGCAGUGGGGAGGAAAAUCAAGCUGGGCCUUAAGAAGAAAGUCAAACUGGAGGUCAAAGGAGAUAAAGUAGAGAACAGAGUCCUGGCUCUGGCAUCACAUCGCGGAUAUCUCCUCACCGCACGCAUUCCUGCCAAGGUAGAACAGACUUUCAGCUAUUUGGAGAUUCAUGGCAUCACAUGUACCAAACCCACACAGUGUGUGGUGGAGUAUGAGAAAGGUCAGAUCUCCCUCAGACUGGUGUCCAUGGAGGAGGUGAACGAAGUGGUGUGUCACAUCGGUGUGUGUGUGCAGAGGAUCUGUCCCGCUCUGUCCCCUGUUAAGGUGAUGAAGAAGUUGUCCAUGGAGCCUCCGGAGAGAAUCGCGGCUCUGCAGAACGUCUGGGAGACUCAGAGUUCGGGAGAACCCGGACCCUGCGGUGGAUUCUCUCAGCAGUACAGGUGUGUGUGUGACUGGCUCGGCUUACCAUACAGAGAAGAAGUUCAGUGGGACGUGGACACGAUUUACCUGACGCAGGACACGCGCGAGCUGAACCUUCAGGACUUCAGUCACCUGGAGAACAGGGAUUUGGUCGCAAUAAUCGCCGUUCUGGAGUUUAACCAGUGGUUCACCAAACUCGCUACGAAGGACUAUAAACUGUCUGCAGACGUGUGUGAUCAGAUUUUGCGAGUCGUUGCGCGGUCCAGUCGUCUGGAGGAGCUCGUCCUGGACAACGCAGGACUCAAAACGGAUUUUGCGCAGAAGCUGGCGAACGCGCUCUCUCAGAACGCCGCGUCAGGACUGCACGCACUAAACCUCGCCAACAAUCCUCUGGAGGACAGAGGAGUGGCUUAUUUAGGCGCUCAGUUUGCUAAACUCCGUAAAGGCCUCAAACACCUCAACCUCUCCAGAACCUCGUUAUCACCCAAAGGUGUGAACAGCCUCGCCCAGUCGCUGAGCGCUAACCAGUCCAUGCCCAGCACGCUCAGCUACCUGGACCUCUCAGGGAACCUCCUGCGUGGAGAUGACCUCUCGCAUUUUUAUCAUUUCCUCGGCCAGCCGAACAGCCUGAGCACUCUGGACCUGUCCAACACCGACUGCUCACUCGACUCGCUUUGCUCUGCUCUCCUGAAAGGAUCUCUUCAGCAUCUCUCUGUUCUUAACGUCUCGAAGAGCGUCUUCGCUCACAGGAAAGGUAAAGAUAUCCCUCCUGCGUUUAAGCAGUUCUUCAGCAGCGUCCUCUCCCUCAGCAGCAUCAACGUCUCGGGAACCAAACUGCCUCCCGAGGCUUUAAAAGCGCUCCUGCUCGGCCUGGCCUGUAACCCCAGCCUUAAGGACGUGGCUCUGGACCUCAGCUGCUGUGAGCUGCGCUCUGGAGGCUCGCAGAUCCUGGAAGGCUGUAUCGCCGAGAUUCCCAACAUCUCCAGCCUCGAUAUUUCAGACAACGGUCUGGACUCAGACAUGAGCACACUGCUGGUGUGGCUCGCCAAGAACCGCUCCAUCAGACACCUGUCCCUGGGCAAGAACUUCAACAACAUCAAAUCAAAAAAUCUGGCUCCAGUCCUCGACAACCUCGUGCACAUGAUCCAGGAGGAAGAAUCGCCUCUGACGUCUCUGUCUCUGGCCGACUCGAAGCUGAAAGCGGAGCUGAGUAUUGUCCUGAACGCUCUGGGCAGUAACGGCUCUCUGACGCGAGUGGACAUCAGUGGGAACGGGAUGGGGGACCUCGGGGCUAAGAUGCUGGCUAAAGCGCUGCAGAUUAACAGCAAGCUCAGGACGGUCAUCUGGGACAGAAACAACGUCAGUCCACAGGGUCUUCAGGACGUCGCUGCCGCGCUGGAGAAGAACUUCACCAUCCGCUUCAUGCCCAUCCCCAUCAUCGACGCGUCUCAGGCGCUGAAGGCGAGUCCGGAGAAAACCGAGGACGCACUGAUGAGGAUGGAGAACUACCUGUUCAGGAACCACGAAACCCGUAAAUAUGUCCAGGAGCAGGCGUAUCGUCUCCAGCAGGGCAUCGUCACCACCACCACGCAGCAAAUGAUCGACCGGAUUUGCGUGAAGGUACAGGACCACCUCAACUCCCUGAAGAACUCCGAGCAGGACGCCAUAUUGGAAGACGUCAAAAUGGCGGAGAACCUGAUAAAGGACGCGAGGAACUCAAAAACGCUCCUCCCCAACCUGUACCACCUCGGCGCCACGUCCCGAGAGGAGCUGAAUGGUUCCUCUGUCGGUCCCAUCCAGGAGAAAUUGGACUCCAUGGCUGGAGAAGUGGCCCAGGUCAUGGAUGAGCAGCUCCAGAGUCUUUUGGAGUUGAUGGUGGACACAGCGGAGGGUCUCUGUCCUCACGUGAUGCGGAAACCCAACCUGCGAAGCGAGCUGAUCAAAGCAGGGACGGGGAAGAUGACGGUACCACGAAGCUUCGUCAAGAACACGCUGCUCGAGCAGUCUGGCGUUGACAUCAUCAACAAGAUCAGUGAAGUGAAGUUGAGUCUGGCUUCAUUCCUCUCCGACCGGAUCGUUGAUGAAAUUUUGGAAGCACUCUCUGGCUCUCAAAAUACACUGGCGGAGCAUCUGGUGAGAAAAGGGCGCCCCCUGGUGCAGCAGGAGUCCCUGGAUUUGGACGUACCUGAGGUCAGAACCUCCAAACGGAGCACCAUGGAGCUGCUGGAGGCUGAGAGGCUGGACGACAUCGAAACCUGCAUGAUGACUCCAAAGUCGAAAAGGAAGAGCAUCCACAGCCGGAUGCUGAGGCCUGUCUCCAGAGCAUUUGAGAUGGAGUUUGACCUGGACAAGGCUCUGGAGGAUGUUCCCAUCCAUGUUGAAGACCCUUCACCUCCUGCCAAACUGGACAAAAAGCCACCGGGGGUCGUGGGAGAUCUGCCGUCCGAGGAAGCCAAGAAACUCCAACAUUACACCAAAUUACGGCCCAAGAGGAACAAGAAGACCCAUUCGAGCAGGGUUCCUCAGGUCAGCAGAAUGCAGUCUCAGGAUGGAGAGCAGAACGGCCUCAUGGGAAGAGUGGACGAGGGUGUGGACGAGUUCUUCUCCAAGAAAGUCACCAAGAUGGACAAGAAGAUGUCCUUGAAGGCCUCAGACUCUCAGGAUGCUGAAAGGAAGCGUGAUUUGCGCAAAGGGGGCUUCCUGAACCUCAUCAAGUCCCGCACAGGCAAAGACAAGGAGAAGGACAAGGAGAAGGACAAGGAGAAGGAGAAGUCUUCCACUUCAGCGCCACCUCUAUCUCCAGUCCCCCAGGCUGCAGAGGAACCCUUGUCUCCUAAAGCCAAGUCCCAGUCAUUACGUUCAGAGCGUAGCAGCAGUUCGGAGCGUUCUGAGGAACUGAAGACGCCGGACUGUGGAGUCCAGGUGUUGGGCUCUGGCCUGCUCGCUGAGAUGAAGGCCAAGCGAGAGAAGAGAGCCAAGAUCUCUGACUCCUCAUCGAGUCCAGAGAAACCGGACGGACCUCCGUCAGGUCAGGGUAAGGUGGAGGUCAGCAGCACUGUGACGCCCCCUGACAGGACGCCUCGGGUUGGGGGGGAUUUUAAACCCGAGGCAGCACCGAGAACCCGAGGGUCAGGCCCGAACCCGACGAGCCCGAAACCUGUAAUUCAGAGCGCCAAACCGAGCCCAGGCCCUCGACCGGCCCUUCCGCAAAAACCCCGCAGCAGCAGCACACGCAGCAUCGACGAGAGCUCCGAGUCUCCUGUAGGAGGUCAUAAGGCUCCGUCUACACUUCGGAAAGUGGCCUGGGAAAAAGACGGAUCCUCGAAUCCUCCACAGAGCAGCUCCGGCUCCAAGAAUUCCACUCAGGAAGUGGACGUGACUGGAGGAGACGGUAGCGUAUUUAAACUCGAGCCUGAGCUGGAGAAAACAGCAGCACGAGCCCCGGAGGAGUCGGAGGGCGAGCGAGAGCGCAGGACGUCCCUCUCCCGACCCGCAAGAACAACCUCGAGCACGAACCAGCAGAGCUCGGACGAGAACGGGUCAAAGGUCAAGGACAAAUCGGCCGAGAAGGACAAGGACUCGAGUCAGAGCAGCAGAUCGGCAGAUUCUGGAGAGGAAGCAGAUAAAGAUUUUAUUUUUAUAUAGAGUGAGAGAGAGAGAGAGAGACCAUAUCACUCUGUGUUUCCUCCAAGUUCAGGAAUCAAGACUGUUAAACGUACCGAUGCAUUCCAGCUGCACUCUCAGAUGUGUGUGUGUGUGUGUGUGUGUGUGUGUGUGUGUGUGUGAUAAUACACUCUUCAACUCUUCCGUAGCGUCUGAUCCAGUGUCUCUCGCCGGGACGGGACAGACGUCGCCGCAUGACGUGUCUUGCGUUAAUAUCCUCCUCACUCGUAUGCUAAUUAGGGCUGAAACACUGUUAAAGCGACUCUAGGGGGCGCUCUACUAUCUGCCCUCGUGCCUUAGAGCUCCACUGUACUGUGAUCAGACCGAGCAGGACUCUGACGGCGUCUCCAAUAACGUCUGCAUGUCUGAUUAUCCUUUAAACAAAACGAAAAUAACAAGAUCAAACGAUUUUUUGUGCUUGUGUGUGUCACGGCGUUCUUCAGUUUUUAUCUAGUCUGUGGUUGAACAGAUGAACGGAUCGGACUCCUCGUACGAGAUCGGAUUUGACAUGUCUAACUUUUUGUCCUGCUUUUUAAUGUCAUACUGCAUGUUUGUUGUGCAUCUGCCUGCUGUUUCUCAGCCCGUCUGAGUCUUUGGAGUAUGUGUUCAUGAAGAACAGCAAAACUGAUCUAAGAUCAGACGUCUAAUCUCAGACUGUUCGCUUUUUUCUGGCGAUCUUGUAUUGUGUUCUUCCGCUAACGAGAGUAAGGAUCAUACGCUUUCAGUUAAUGAUGAUUCGAGAUCUGACUCUGGAUGUGUCUGAAGUUCAGACCCAAGAUCAGACACUUCCUAAAUUAUUCAUCUCAAGUUAAGAUCAGAUUCCCCAACACUUUUGACCUAAGAUUUGAUUUUUUUUCAGCUAUAAGGUUUGGAAUUGUAUCUAUCCUGAUCAUCCAGAAUAUGGUGCUGUAGAAUCAGAUUUAUCUCUGGACAUUUGGCAUCAGACCCCUCCAGUUCAAGGUGAUCUGGGAUCAGACUCAUCCAGUUGAGUGUGUUCCAGGGUCAGAUUUGUCCUCAGUUUUGUUGAUCUAAGAUCAGACCAGUUUGAUGACGAAAUCUACAGUUAAAUUUUUCUAAAGCAUCUAGGAUCAGACUCCUAUUUAUGAUGAUUUAAGAUUAGAUUCUCUGUUUUAUUUACGAUCAGUCUUAUCGAGGAUUAGAUCGGACGUGAUCUAGGAUCGUAUACUUAUUGCUUAUGUUGGUCUGAGAUUACAUUGAUCUGUUUAUUCCUCCGUUUAUCAAGAUCGGAUAUAGCGAUGAGUGAUGAGACUUCUCUAUUUAAUAUUCUGAGUUGAUUUAGAUCCAGUUGUACUGGUUUAUAGUGAUGGGUGAUCAGACUCGAUCAGACAUGAACAUAUGACUUCUCUUUUUUGUUUUCGUGCCGCUGGAUUUCGUGUGUGUGUGUGUGUGUGUGUGUGUGUGUGUGUGUGUGUGUGUGUGUGUGUGUGAGUGUUUACACAUACAGUCAGGUCCAAAGGUCUGAGUCCACAAACGAGAACAAGUUUUAUUUCAUCUCGCGUUAAUUAAACGAGCAAAAAGUUUUCAAAUAUGAACAGAUGUUUCCCCCUGCUGGUGCGAGCUGGAAUUAAAAAAUUCAGACAUUUUUGUUAAUAAAUUUAUCUUUAAAAUUUUUUUUGAAAAAUAAAUCUUUAAAAAAAAAAUUAUCUUUUUUUUUUAAACUGCGUUUGGAUGUUCUGGGAUUCUCGUAACACACACCAGGUUUCAGUUUUUAUUUAUUUUCAUUAACAUCGAACAUCUGGAAAAUGUAAAAAAAAUAAUAAAAAUAAUAAUAAAUAAAAAAAAUUAUUUUGGAAUUUCUCAAAAAAGGGCAAGAACACUGAUGAAGUGACAUUUUGUCGAAAAUAAAUAAAUAAAAGAAAGAAGACUUCAGUACCAACACACACAUUCUAGCCACUUUGAUUUUUUUUUUUUUUUUGAUUUUUUUAUUUUUAUUUUUGUUUGUCUUUAAUUUGCCAAUUGAAAUUUUGCACAAUUUAUUUUCCAUGCACCGUUAACAGAAAGGGGUGGAGCUUAUAGCAGAUGAUUGACAGCUCAUAACUUGUGAUGUUUCAUCUGCACUUCCGUCUCCAUUUCCAAACUUUAAGUGUUAAUAACAUGUACGUAAAAAAAAAACACACUUUUUACUUAAUUUACAGUUUUAAAAAAUAUAUAAAUUUAUAUAUAUAUAUAUUUUUAUUAUUAUUAUUAUGAUUUUUUCAGUAACCUGUUGGUGUUGAACUCUGAUGUUUGGAUCCGGAUGUGUUUAAUGAUUUAAUUGAAUCUGGGUGAUUAAAGUGAUGAGUAUUUUGUGUUAAUGAGGUACUUCAGCACAUUUUAUUUACACCGCGCCGUAAAGUAGGAUCACAACACAAGCGGAAGCUGGUGCUUUUCCUUUGAUCUUUGUGUCCAGGCUCUUCCUCUUCCUCUUCCCUUCAGAUGUACAUUUUGUUGAUAUGAGUGAUUUAUAUUAACGUUAUUGCGUAAUGAUUUCAUGUUGUUUUCCGUUAAGGCGAGCUGGGAUUAGUGUGUGUGCAGAUUAGUGUUAAUAUAUAAUGUGAUCUUUUUAAAAGCAGCACGUGUGUGUGUUCUGUGUUGAGUUUUUUUUUUGGUAAUCACAGUAUUUUGAUCUCGUUCGAACACGUUUCACACGUACAGACGUGUAGUUUGUGGACCUUUGGGUUUUUCCGGGCGCGUUUGUAUCAGUCGGGAUUAAAACUGAUUUUACACA